CAGGUAUUACCGAUCUCAUAGCUCAAUUCAACGGUUUGGGUGAAACCCGACCCAAUUAUUGGCCAUCUUCACUGAAUCACUAGUGUACUGUAUACACACUCUUCUUCUUUCUGUUAAACCUCUAAAACCUUAAUUCCUUCUCAAAACCCUAAAUCUAACACAAAAUCCAUCUCUCUUUCUAAAUAAGGAAAAUUUAUGGCUAAUACUGAAGAGAAACCACAUGAAUCAACACAGGAUGAUGAAAUCAAAGAGGAACUAGAGGAAAUAAAAGAAGAAGAAGAAGAAGAAGAAGAAGAAGAAUUGAGCUUUGAAGAGCUAGGGUUAGACCCUCGCUUAAUUCGAGCCCUAAACAAGAAGGAAAUUAGCAUUAGAAAGCCAACUCCAAUUCAGCGUGUCGCUAUUCCUUUAAUUUUGGAAGGGAAAGAUGUUGUUGCAAGAGCAAAAACAGGUUCAGGAAAGACUUUAGCUUACUUGCUUCCUUUGCUUCAAAAGCUAUUCUCUGAUUCUGGUUCGAAGAAGAAGCUUGCUCCUUCUGCAUUCAUUCUUGUUCCAAGCGGAGAGCUGUGUCAGCAGGUUUAUAAGGAAGUUUCGGCUCUCAUUGAUUGGUGUAAAGUUCAAUUGAAAGCUGUACAGUUGACAAGCAAAAUGUCCGGUUCUGAUUUGCGGACUGCAAUUGCUGGACCUCCUGAUAUUCUUAUUUCGAGUCCUGCUUCUUUAGCUAAAUGCUUGUCAGUUGGUUUACUUCAGUCAGCUUCUAUAAAUGAUUCACUUGAAAUUCUUGUUCUUGAUGAGGCAGAUCUUCUGUUGUCUUUUGGAUAUGAAGAUGAUUUAAGAGCUCUUACAGCUCUUAUUCCUAGACGUUGUCAAUGUCUUCUUAUGUCUGCAACAUCAAGCGAUGAUGUUGAUAAACUAAAGAAGCUCAUGCUGCACAAUCCAUACAUUUUGACUUUGCCAGAAGUAGAAGGUAAUAAGGAUGAAGCUAUCCCCAAAAAUGUUCAGCAAUUUUGGAUUUCAUGCAGUGGUCGUGACAAGUUAGUCCACAUUCUCGCUCUUUUGAAGCUGGAUCUGGUUCAGAAGAAAGUCCUAAUAUUUACUAAUUCCAUUGACAUGAGUUUUAGGCUGAGACUGUUUCUGGAAAAGUUUGGGAUAAAGUCCGCCAUCUUAAAUGCUGAGUUGCCACAGAAUUCUCGCCUUCAUAUACUUGAGGAAUUCAAUGCUGGACUUUUUGACUAUUUAAUAGCAACUGACGAUAGUGAAACAAAAGAGAAGGAACAAGAACAAGCUGAUAGGAACCUUGCCCAGUCAAGAAAGUCUAAAAAGUCUAAGCAAAAGUUGGACUCUGAAUUUGGAGUAGUGAGGGGCAUUGACUUUAAAAAUGUUCACACAGUUGUAAAUUAUGAUAUGCCUUUGAAUGCGGCGGGAUAUGUGCAUCGAAUUGGACGUACUGGAAGGGGAUACAACAGUGGUUCUUCUGUCUCUUUAGUUUCUCCAGAUGAGAUGGAAAUUCUUGAAGAUGUAAAAUCCUUUUUAGGGGAUGAUGAGAACAAGGAUUCAAACAUUAUUGCUCCUUUUCCUUUACUUACUAAGAAUGCGGUGGAGUCUUUACGAUAUAGAGCAGAGGAUGUUGCAAAAAGUGUCACUAAAAUUGCUGUCAAGGAAGCACGAGCUCAGGAUCUGAGGAAUGAAAUACUAAAUUCUGAGAAGUUGAAGGCUCAUUUUGAGGCUAAUCCACGGGACCUAGAUCUAUUGAAGCAUGACAAAGUCCUGAGCAAGAACCCCCCUGCUCCUCACCUACGUGAUGUGCCCGACUAUCUAAUGGAUGCAACGACUAAAGAGGCAAGCAAAAUGGUGAAGCUUGCUAGAGCUGCAAUGGGAAAGAAUAACCCAUCCCGCCGUCAGGGAUCCAAGAAAAAAUUUAGGAAAAGUAAAGAUCCUCUUAAGGCUCUCUCUUUUCAGUCUCAGGCACCGAAGAAAUCUGACAAAGGCGGAAUGAAGAGGGAGAGAAAAGACGGCGACAGUACUCAUAAACACAAAAAGGGAAGAACUGUUUGAGUUUAUCAUUCGGCCAAUUGGCCCUCAAAAUUUUGUAUCAAUUACGUGUUACUAUAUAUAAAAAGAUUUCCAUUAUCUUUUAAA